AUGGAGGAGCACGUCUCUUCUCUUGCAGGCAAGGUUUUCAUCGUUACUGCAGGUCAUUCUGGCAUUGGCCUUGAGAUUGUCAAGAUAUUAUACUCCAAUGGUGGGACGAUAUACAUAGCCGGACGCUCGCAAAGCAGGAUCACCACGGCAAUCGAAACUAUUAAGGCUAUUCCAACGGCAACGCCGGGAACCCUCAAAAGCCUGCAACUUGACCUCAACAGCCUCACCACCGUUCCAACCUGUGUUUCGGCCUUUCUCACUCAAAAAUCUCGACUCGACGUUCGCUGGAACAAUGCAGGUCUCAGCCGUGCACCGUAUGUUGCAGCCAUGCAAGGCUUCGAGGGUCACAUGGGUGUCAAUUGCGUUGCCCCAAGUCCUCCUAACUAA